GUCCUUAUUUGUCACUGUGAUCUGUGGCGACUAGUAUAGACAAAAAAGCUGUUAUCAUUUUAUUCUGUCAGGAUGCCAGGGUAAAGAUUUAUAUCCUGCUUAUCUCUUCUUACGCAUUCACUGUGCACGUCAUCAUCAAUGAAUAUUAUGAGAAUUCUACUGUCUCAAAACGUGUAAGAUUCCAUUCGGCUGAAGAUGCCGGUCUACAUGGAUUACCUGCUUCUAAUGUUUCUUCUGAUGCUGCAUAUGUUCAAGUCAACAAACCAUUUUGUAUGACCUUACUGUUCACAAGAUUUUCUCAAAAAGAGGCAGUUAAAAAAGCAAAGUUAUUUAUUAUAAGACUCACUACCCUACCUUUACCCACUGCAACACAUGCAUCAAGGUGAAGCAUGCCAUCUGAAGGUACAAUGCAACUACAGUACUGCUUUGAGACAAUAAACAAGUCAUGUGAAAAGAAUAAUUGGGCAAACAACAUAAGGAUUCCCAUGUAUGUGUUCAUGGUAAGCACCAUUUUGGCUACAAUAGCUGGAAAUCUUGCCGUGAUCAUCUCCAUAGCUCAUUUCAAGCAGCUUCACACCCCAACAAAUUACCUGAUUCUUUCCAUGGCCACUGUGGACUUACUAUUGGGGUGUCUUGUUAUGCCAUACAGCAUGGUUAGGUCAGUGGAGAACUGCUGGUAUUUUGGAGAAAUCUUCUGUAAAAUCCAUACUGGAAUAGACAUAAUGCUCAGUACAGCUUCCAUAUUCCACCUCUCAUUUAUCUCCGUGGAUAGAUAUUACGCAGUAUGUGAUCCAUUGAGAUAUAAGACAAGAAUGAAUCUUUUUACUGUACUUAUAAUGAUUAUUGUCAGUUGGGUGCUACCUGCUAUUUUUGCCUUUGGUAUGAUCUUCCUUGAACUUAAUAUAAAGGGUUCUGAAUCAUAUUUCUACAAUGAGGUCAGCUGCAUUGGAGGCUGCUUUGUGUUUUUCACUGAAAUAUCAGGGAUAGUGGCCUCCAUGUUGUCCUUCUUUAUUCCCGGAUUCAUUAUGAUCUGUAUUUAUGGAAAAAUAUACGUCAUUGCCAGAAGACAAGCAAGAUCGAUUAAAGACAUUCCAAGUCAGAUGCAAUUCCAGAUUGAUCUUAAUGGAAGACAACAUGGAUCCCGAUGCAGAGAAAGGAAAGCAGCUAAAACCCUGGGAACAAUUAUGGGAGUUUUUCUGUUUUGCUGGUCACCUUUCUUUUUCUCCACAGCUACUGGUCCAUUUUUGAACUAUGGUAUUCCACCCAUUGUCAUUGAUGCAUUUGUAUGGAUUGGAUAUUUAAAUUCAGCUUUCAACCCAAUAGUUUAUGCUUUCUUCUAUAUGUGGUUCCGGAGAGCACUAAAACUGAUUUUAUUUGGAAAAGUUUUUCAGUUUGAUUCUUCUAGAACUAUUUUAUAUUAUGAGUAAUCCAUCAAGACAAGCAAAAAAUUUAGAAAAUAAUGAACACUGAAACAAUAUGACUGUCUGAAUAAGUAUACUUUACAUAAAUAGAAAACCCAAGCAAUAUUCUAUCAUACACUAUACUACUAUAUACAACUAUGGGUGUCUAUCUAUAUACCGGUAUCUAUGUAUAUUAUCUCAAAAUAUACACGAGACACAAUUAGAUGACUACUUUAAUUUAUCUAAAUAUCUAAGUAUCAAUUUUCUUAGGCUACUUUCACACUAGCUUUUUUGCUGGAUCCGGUUGUAUUAUCUUUAACAUUUGUUUAACAUUGCCAAAACAGAUCCAUUU